AUGAAGCGGGAGUAUCUGGACCCCCACCACCCUCCGCCGUUCCCUUCCUACCCCAGCGAGGACUACGGCUGCUUCGACAUCGAGCAGCCGCCACCGCCCGUGCUCCGACACUCGCUGGGCUCGGGCCCGAUGCCGCCGCCAUUGGAGCCAGAGCAACACUUCUCCCAGUCGGGCUACAACUACCAAAACGAUCCCACAAGCUCUACAUCCGCCGCCACCUUCACCGCUCCCGCGACGGUGCCACCGCCGCCACCAAUGCUGUUCCCCAGCCUCGCCCUAAACCAGGCGGCCCCGCCACUUGCUACCACAACCGCCUCUAAUAUUUCGUCAUCGCUAGCUACUGCUCUGUCUACUGCACUACCAGCUGCUAAUUUAGCUUUGCUUCAAGCACCGUUGUCGACAGGGUCGCUGUCUUCUGGGUCGCUGUCUGUGACCCCCUCCACCAAGGCCUCCACCACUGCCACCCUGCAGCCGCCAUACGCCACUCCCAUACGCUCAACGUAUGGCCAAGUGUACCCGCCGCUACCACAAGUGCCGUAUCUCCCCCAGUUAAUUUCUCAACCGGCCCCUUCUCAGCCUCAGUCGGUGCCUCCGCCUCAACCUCAACAGGUGGUGGUGGCGCCCAACGAGCCCUAUCCCGAUCUCACCACAUUUGUCAACAUGAAUCCCAGCGUAAACGCCCCGCUGGUUGACGUGGUGUUUAAUGACCAACAAACGUGUCCCCAAUGUGGUAAACUGAAUUUCUCGAACUUACGCCGCCAUUUAAAAAUCCACCGCAGCACCGCGAAAUUCCAAUGCCAGUUCCCGCGCCUGGUGUGCAACUUCAAAAUCAAUAGCUACAACCGCAGCUUUGAUUUUAAGCGGCACUUGGUCAACAAGCACUUCAAAUUUGAUGACAAAAAGCUUUCGAAAGCGGUGUCGUCGUUACUGCAGAAGGCGGAGUACCUCGGACACUGUCCAUGUGGCUGGCACGGUCUGUGCCAAGAAUGGCUUGACACCCAUAUUUUAGUGGACGACGACAAUCCCCAGCGCUGUCCCUAUUACCACCGGUAUUGA